AGGAGGCGUGUCCUGUCUGGGAAAAGGGGCGUUAAACAUUCUUUGUAGCUGACCUGCUGUUGUCUUCAGUUAGUCAGUCUGCACAGAUUCUUACGGUCCUCUCCAUCUAAAAAUGGCCCAGUCAAUUCUCGACACCAUGCCCGGAGCCUCGACAGGAACCGUGGUCGUCACAGAUCAUCUGAAUUUCUGGGGUGGCAAACGAGUCAAACCGAGGCAGGAGACAAACGCCGAGCCCGUGUUUGAACCUGCAACUGGCCGUGUCUUGUGUCAGAUGGUACCCUGUGGGGCUGAGGAGGUGGACGAGGCCAUAAAGAGCGCACAUGCUGCCCACCUGAAAUGGAGCAAGAUGGCAGGCAUGGAGAGGGCUCGGGUGAUGUUGGAGGCGGCCCGUAUUAUCAGGGAAAGAAGGGAGAAGAUUGCAAAACUGGAAGUGAUCAACAAUGGCAAAUCCAUCACAGAAGCACUUGUGGAUAUUGACAUUGCAUGGCAGUGCAUUGAAUACUAUGCUGGCCUGGCUGGUACACUUGCAGGCCAGCACGUCCAGCUUCCUGGGGGAUCAUUUGCUUACACCAGGAGGGAGCCCCUUGGUGUGUGUGUAGGAAUCGGUGCGUGGAACUACCCCUUCCAGAUCGCAUCAUGGAAGUCUGCUCCUGCUCUGGCAUGUGGUAAUGCCAUGGUAUUUAAGCCCUCUCCAAUGACUCCUGUGACGGCUGUCAUUCUGGCUGAGAUAUACAAAGAGGCUGGGAUGCCUGAUGGGCUCUUCUGUGUGGUGCAAGGUGGAGCAGAGACUGGCACCCUGCUCUGCCACCACCCAAUGGUGGCCAAAGUCUCCUUCACUGGUAGUGUGCCAACAGGCAAAAAGGUCAUGGAAAUGUCUUCGAAGGGGGUGAAGCAGGUGACUCUGGAGCUUGGAGGGAAAUCUCCCCUCAUUAUUUUCAAAGACUGUGAGCUGGAGAACGCAGUGAAAGGAGCACUCAUGGCAAACUUCCUCACACAGGGACAGGUUUGUUGCAAUGGCACCAGAGUGUUUGUACAAAGAGAGAUCAUGCCCAAGUUCCUGGAAGAAGUGGUGAAGAGGACAAAGGUCAUCCCUGUGGGUGACCCUUUGUUGGAUGGCACCCGAAUGGGAGCACUGAUCAGCAAACCACAUCUGGAGAAAGUGCUGGGAUUUGUCAAUCAGGCCAAGAAAGAGGGUGCCAAAGUGCUUUGUGGAGGAGAGCCUUUUGUCCCCAGUGACCCCAAACUAAAAGGGGGCUACUUCAUGUCACCCUGUGUACUUGAUAACUGCAGAGAUGACAUGACCUGUGUGAAGGAGGAGAUUUUUGGCCCGGUCAUGUCUGUCAUGCCUUUCGACACGGAGGAAGAAGUAAUCAAGAGGGCCAACAACACCACCUUUGGAUUGGCCUCUGGAGUCUUCACCAGGGACAUUUCUCGAGCCCAUCGUGUGGCUGAGAACUUAGAGGCAGGAACCUGCUUCAUCAACAACUACAACAUCAGCCCUGUGGAAGUGCCAUUUGGUGGAUACAAAAUGUCAGGCUUUGGCAGAGAGAACGGCCAGGUGACAAUCGAGUACUAUUCCCAGCUGAAGACUGUGGUUGUGGAAAUGGGAGAUGUUGAGAGCCUCUUCUAAACUCCUCCCACCAAGUUUGCAUUGCUGUGCCAGAACUGUGUCUAAGAAACUACGCACUUCUCCCUACAAUCAUAUGAUAUGCACCAGAUACAUGCAUCCAGUACUCCUCUUUGCACUUCCUGUGAUUGAAUUACUCCUCUACGCUUGGAGAAACAUGUUGAUGUGAAACAAACAUGUAAGAACUGAAGACCAAUUUCAGCAUUAGAAGAAAACAACUGUCUAACACAACUGAUCAGGUUUUGUCCUGUAUGCUUUACUGGAACACUAUUUGACAACUACUUU